AGUAGCGAGAAUAUCAUUUCCCCAAAAUGGCGGAGCUAAAAUUCGAAGCUCCUCUUGCAAACUUUGAGGGAGAAGAAUGGAAUGAUUUCAAUGAAUUCCAAGCAGCUGAAAAAACUGGUCCACCAAGUGUUAAAAGCGACACAAGUGAUGAUCGAAAUUCAUUAAUGGACAAUUUCAAUGAAACUAUAUCAACAUCUUUAGAAGAUCUUGUGAAUACAUUCGACGAAAAAUUAACAAAAUGCUUUAAAAAUCAUCAAGUAAAGCCGGAAACAAACAGUCAUCAAACUAUUAAAACGCAAGAAGAAAUAAUAAAUGAUUGCCAGUAAGUCAUAACAAAUUUCUGCAUAUUUUUAAUUGAAAUUGAUUGGUAAUUGAUAUGUAAAUGACUACCAUAGACUGGAUGUACUUGCAAUUCGUUAGAUGCCAAUCAAGGCAUUAUCAUUAAUUAAGCAUACACGCAUAGGUUAUACUCCUAAAUAUUGACAUGUUGUGUAAAAUCUCUAGAGUAACAUGUAUAUUUUAUUCUUUAUAUUUUUGUGCUAGCUUCUUAAGAACUUAGUUUAAGUGGGAUACAAUAAAGAAAAUUAAUUGCUAAAAAAUUUGUGAUAAUCAAUAUAAUUUCUAAAGCCAACUGGUAGCAACAAAAGAAGUCAUAUUUCACUAAAUUCUCUUAAACAAUAAUAGUUUUUAGAGCAGAUGGGUACAAUUCUUAGCCUAUCUAACGACCUACUCCUUUUAAAAUGCUCACUUUACUCUAUAUGUCUUUGUAGAAAUAUAAUUCAAUUAGACAUUCCAUCUUAUUGGAUUAAUAUUCCUUUCUCUUGUGCAUUUGUAAACUUAUAAUAAUGUAAUAAUCCAUUAUAUGCAAUAGUAUUCACUUGAGGGACAAAAAUUAACUCUUCAACUUCGUACCCACCUUAUUUAGCAAUUUUAUUAAAUUUUCGUUUAACGUUCCUAUUUAUUAGUCGUCAUUGACCGAAUAACAGAGCUCAAUCGAUAAAGUUGGUGAAAGACAAACUGUCCAGUAUAUUUUACUUCAAAUGUCUGUAAAACUGACAGAGAGGGACAAGCAAGAGAAAUAGACAGGCAGGGAGAAAGACAUUUUAAGUACAGUAUGUAUAAGAAAAAGAUUUGUCCUAUGGUAAUUUAUUCUCUAAUACAAGCAAAUAACCUGUUAUUGAAAACAAACGUUACUUCUACUUCAUCACAAACGAGCACCUUUAACGUGUGUUUGAUAGAAAAUUUCACGCUUCGUUAAUUACUCAUUUGCCUUUUAUAAUUUCUGAGUAACAAAAUUAAUUAAAUGAUGAAUAAUUCAUUAUUAUAAACAUCAAAAUAUUUGAACUAUAAACUUUUGAAUUUUUUAUUCUAUCAUAAUAUUUCCAAAAAUCUAAUCCUAUUUAUAAUUUUCUUUCAGAAUGUGGUGGACAAUUACGGGUAAUUAUGGCAAUGUCCUACCCAUAGACUGGUCAAAAUCCUACGCUCGUCAACUACAUACAGAGGCCUUGCAUCUUGAAGAGAAAAAGGACGAAGAAGAAUUGAAUUUGGAUUUAUCAGACGACGAAGAAUUACAAGCUGCAUUUGAUAUGCACUCACUAAUUGUAUCUUCUCUUCAUCACGAGCCUCUUUUUUCGGCUGAUGAUGUUAUCAAUGAGAUAGAAGGAAUUAUGAAGGAAGCAGAUGAUUUUGAAGAAGAGACUGCUAUGAACAAUAGAUCUUCAACUUCCAUAGAAUUGCUACAAUUAAAAUAUAAGUCAGAUAUAACACCGUCAAAUAUAGAAGGAAAAGAUACAUCUGCCCUGAAAUCCCUAUCGACCGUGGCUUUGAAUGAACUAUACGAGGAAUUAGAGGGAACUGUAAAAGAAUUAUCUGAAACUCUAAUACAACAAUUAGCUCUCCGAGACGAAUUAGAAUACGAAAAAGAGCUAAAAAAUCAAUUCAUAUCCCUUCUUCUUUCAUUGCAGAAAAAAAGAAGAGAAUUACCGAUUUCAUCGUCCGGUAUUAAGGUUCCUGGUUCUAAAAAAGUCAUCAGCCCAGACGGUUUUGGAAAAUAUCUGACAAUGUCUAUACCAUAUAACGCGGAGAGAGUAGGCCCACCAACCAACGAGGAAUUACAAAUUUUUAUUAAGAUUAUGAAGGCAAUGAACGAAGAUAGCCCUGUUGUCCCUACUUUACUGACUGAUUACAUACUCAAAGUGGUUUGUCCUACUAACAACUAG